CAGAGAAGAAUUUUGAAACAAAGGAUUUUCGAGCCUCUCUAGAAAAUGGUGUACUGUUGUGUGAUUUGGUCAAUAAGCUUAAACCCGGUGUCAUUAAGAAGAUCAAUAGGCUGUCCACACCAAUAGCAGGUUUGGAUAAUAUAAAUGUAUUUUUGAAAGCUUGUGAACAGAUUGGAUUGAGAGAAGCCCAGCUUUUCCAUCCUGGGGAUCUACAGGAUUUAUCAAACCGCGUCACUGUCAAGCAAGAAGAGACCAGUAGGAGAGUGAAAAAUGUUUUGAUAACAUUGUACUGGCUGGGAAGAAAAGCACAGAGUAACCCCUACUAUAAUGGUCCCUAUCUUAAUCUGAAAGCAUUUGAGAAUCUCUUAGGACAAACUCUGACUAAGGCACUUGAAGACUGCAGUGGUCUGAAAAGAAGUGGCAGGGACAGUGGCUACGGUGAUAGCUGGUGUGUAGAGCGAGGGGAGUUUCCUGGCCCUGCAGGGAGCCACAGGAGAGAAGAUUCCUUCGAGAGCUUAGACUCUCUGGGGUCUAGGUCAUUCACGAGCUGCUCCUCUGAUAUCACACUGAGAGGGGGACGUGAAGGUGGCGAGAGUGACACCGAUUCUGAAUUUACCUUCAAAAUGCAGGAUUACAAUAAGGAUGAUAUGUCCUAUCGAAGGACUUCAGUGAUUGAGCCCAAGUCAGCCUUACCCUUCAAUCGCUUCUUGCCCAACAAAAGUCGACAGCCAUCCUAUGUGCCAGCGCCCUUGAGGAAGAAAAUACCGGACAAAAAUGAAGAUAACCGAAGAAGCUGGGCAAGCCCGGCCUAUGCAGGAGCAGAUGGACCAUUCCCAAGUCACGAGAGGAGAACUUGGGGCACGCGCGUGGAGAACUGGUCAGCAGUACAAGUAACCUCCCACUCCUCUCGCUAUUUGGAAGAGGAAGGAAGGACACGCAUGCGCAGCAUCGCCAGGGAUGAUCUUUAUGUGCGAAAGCUAAGUCCCAACCUGCCGACCCCAGGGAAUGCUUUUGAUCAGUUUCUUCCCAAAUGUUGGAUUCCAGAAGAUGUGAACUGGAAAAGAAUCAAAAGGGAAACUUAUAAACCAUGGUAUAAAGAAUUUCAGGGAUUCAGUCAGUUUUUAUUACUUCAGGCCCUCCAAACAUACUCGGAUGACGUCUUGUCUUCUGAAACACAUGCCAAACUGGAUCCCACUGCGGGCCCCAGGCUCAUAACCCGCAGAAGGAAUCCCUCUUACGCAUUAGGGUACAGAAGAGAUGACCUUGAGAUGACAGCCUUGGACCCCGACUUAGAAAACGAUGAUUUCUUUGUCAGAAAGAUGGGGGCUUUUCAUGCCAACCCCUGUGUCCUACGGGCUUUUGAAGACUUUAGAAGAUUUUCUGAGCAUGAAGAUCCUAUAGAGCGAGAUAUCAUUUUGCAGUGUAGAGAAGGGGAACUUGUCCUUCCUGAUUUAGAAAGAGAUGACAUGAUCAUCCGCCGGAUCCCUGCGCAGAAGAAGGAGGUGCCUCUGUCGGGGGCACCAGAUCGCUACCAACCAGUUCCCUUCCCUGAUCCCUGGACACUUCCUCCAGAAAUUCAAGCAAAGUUUCUUUGUAUGCUGGAGAGGACAAGUCCAUCCAAAGAAAAGAGUAAUAGUUGUCGCGUGCUGGUUCCUUCCUACCAACAGAAGAAAGACGACAUGUUGACGCGUAAGAUCCAGUCUUGGAAGCUGGGAACGGCUGUUCCUCCCAUCAGCUUCACCCCUGGGCCCUGCAGUGAGGCCGACUUGCGAAAAUGGGAGGCCAUCCGGGAGGCCAGCAGGCUUAGGCACAGGAAACGGCUGAUGGUUGAGAGACUCUUUCAAAAGAUUUAUGGUGAAAAUGGGAGUAAGUCCAUGAGUGAUGUCAGCGCAGAGGAUGUUCAGCACCUGCGUCAGCUGCAUUACGACGAAAUGCAGAAAAUAAAAUCACAGUUGAGAGAACAAGAUCAGAAAUGGCAAGAUGACCUUGCCAAAUGGAAAAGCCGUCGCAAGAGCUACACCUCGGAACUGCAGAAGAAAAAAGAAGAGCGGGAAGAAAUUGAAAAACUGGCUCUUGAGACAUCAGAGAAGAGCUCUAAGACUUUUAAGGAAAUGCAACAGGACAGGGAAUCUCGAAAUCAAACAUCUACAAUGACAUCGAGGAGGAGAAUUUACUCUUCUGAUGAUCUGUUAAGUGAAGAAGUGUUUCCCCCUUCAUCAACCACAUCAGAAGCAAGUGAUCAGAGUGGCAGAGUGGAAGAGAAAGGAACGGCAUCUCCUGUAGAAACCCCUAAACAAGAUCCUACAACUUUAGCAAAAACAGAGGACAGUAUCACGGUUGAAAUUCAGCUUCCUUCUAAAAGCUCCAUGGAAGAACAGCAAGAACAGCAGCCGGUCUCUUUGUCUUCUCAGCAGCCCGUCUCUUUGUCUUCUCAGUACUCCUUGAGCACACAAAUGGAGUCGACUCGAGUUUCAGCUUCUUUCCCCAGAAGUUACCAGAAAACUGAUACUGCCAGGUUAACAUCUGUGGUCACAGCGAGACCUUUUGGCUCACAUUCAAGAGGAAUCACAUCACUCCCAAGAUCCUACACGCUGGAUGAUUCCUGGAAGUAUAAUGGAGAUAUAGACAGCAGUAAGAGGACGCAGACCAGUUCCGGCACCAUGACGCGGACCCUGGACCCAGUCCCGCUUGCACCCAGCUUGUCCAGUGUGCAGGAGACCACUGUAGAGAGUGUCACACAAGGCCCCUCUCCUACCUCUUCCUUGGCCUCUCUUUCCCAGGACCAGCCUGCCACUUCAAAAGCCACAUUGUCUUCCAUGUCUGGUCUUGAUUCCAUGUCCGAGUCUGGGGAAGGGCCAGGCUCCCCUCAGAGGGAGGUUUCAAAGUCACAGGAUCAGUUCAGUGAUAUGAGAAUCAGCAUAAACCAGACGCCUGGGAACGCUUUUGACUUUGGCUUUACAGUAAGAUGGGAUUUUUCCGGCAUCUUCGUAGCAUCAGUCGAACCAGGUAGUGCAGCAGAAUUUUCUCAGCUACAGGUAGAUGAUGAGAUUAUUGCUGUUAACAACACCAAGUUUUCAUAUAAGGACAAAAAAGAGUGGGAGGAAACCAUGGCUAAUGCUCAAGAAACUGGAAACCUAGUGAUGGAUAUCAGGCGCUAUGGAAAGUCUGACUGGGCCAAAGACCAACCUUCCCUGCCGUUUACAAGGCAUAAAACCCUCAAUCUCACCAGUAUGGCUACAAACAUUAUAGGUUCACCUGAAACAAAGUGGAUUGAUGCAACUUCUGGAAUCUACAGCUCAGACAAAUCUUCAAGUCUAUCAAUAACGACUGAAUUCUCAGAAAGCCUGCGGGGCUCUAAUAUUCAGUCUAAAGAAGUCAAUGGAAUUUGUGAUGAAAGCAAUAGUUUUGAAACAAAAGCAUCUGAACCUAUUUCUUUGAAAAACUUAAAAAGACGAUCACAAUUUUUUGAACAAGGGUCAUCGGGCUUUUCUUACAGUUCAUGGGUCUACCUCUGUGGAAGUACUGAUUCUGUGGUUCCGGAUCUCCCUGUUCCAACCAUCAGUGCCCCGAGUCGCUGGGCCUGGGAUCAAGAGGAGGAGCGAAAGCGACAGGAGAGAUGGCAGAAGGAGCAGGAGCGGCUGCUGCAGGAGAAAUAUCAGCGUGAGCAGGAGAAGCUGAGGGAAGAGUGGCAAAAGGCUAAACAAGAGGCUGAGCAAGAGAAUUCCAAGUAUUUGAAUGAGGAACUGAUGGUUCUAAACUCAAGCAGCAUGUCUUUGACGGUGCGGGAGCCCGCCCUGGCCACCUGGGAAGCCAGUUGGGGCGAAGGGUCCAAAUCUUCAGACAGGGAAGGAACCCGAGCAGGAGAAGAGGAGAGCAGCCCCCAGCCAGAGGAGAGCGUGAGCGAGACCCUCCAAGAGAAGCUUCAGGAACAGCUCAAUCUGGAGAAGGAGAGGAAACGGAAGGAGGAAGAGCAGCGUCUCGAGGAGCAGGAGCUGAGGCAGCGUCAGUACGAGGAGGAGCUGGAGCAGCGUCAGUACCAAGAGGAGCUGGAGCAGAAGCAGCGUCAGUACCAGGAGGAGCUGGAGCAGCGUCAGUACCAGGAGGAGCUGAAGCAGCGUCAGUACCAGGAGGAGCUGAAGCAGCGUCAGUACCGAGAGGAGCUGGAGCAGAAGCAGCGUCAGUACCGAGAGGAGCUGGAGCAGAAGCAGCGUCAGGCUGAGGCUCAGAAGCAGCGUGCUGAGGAACAGCAGCGCCAAGCAGAGAGAGAAAGGGAAACAUCAGUGAAAAUAUACCAAUACCGAAGGCCUGCUGAUUCCUAUGAUAUACCAAAGAGAGAGGAAGAAUCUUCAGGUUUGCAUCCUAAUGACAGGAAUAAAUCUAGAUCCACUACAGAGUUGGAUGCUUGUCCCACAAAUAAAAAUGGAAGCAAUAGAUAUUUAGACCGAGUCGGGAACACCAACUCCUUGCAGAGAACCUACAAGAAGGAACAAUUCCUAUCAGGAGCAGAGCUGGAAAGACAACAAAUCCUUCAAGAAAUGAGAAAGAGAACCUCCCUCCACAAUGACAACAGCUGGAUCCGCCAGCGCAGUUCCAGUGUAAAUAAAGAGCCCAUUUGUCUGCCUGGGAUUAUGAGAAGAGGUGAAUCUCUAGAUAACCUGGAUUCUCCCAGAUCCCACUCUUGGAGACAGUCCACUUGGCACAAUCAGUCAGGGCCUGUCCAAGCUGCUUCCUCGGUUCAAGAUCUCAGCCGGCCGCUGCCUCAUCUGGUAUCCACGUCGAACCGCGCCUACAUGCGGACACCCUCCUCCAGCGUGCCCCUUCCCUCUGCGGGCUUGGCAAGGACUUCCAGCACUCCGUCCCCCACCCCACGCAGCCAGUCCCCUUCGGUGACCCAGUCAGGCUCACAACUGCGCAACAGGUCAGUGAGUGGGAAGCGUGUGUGCUCCUCCUGUAGUAGCAUUUUGGGCAAAGGAGCGGCCAUGAUCAUCGAGUCCCUGGGGCUCUGUUAUCAUUUACAUUGUUUUAAGUGCGUGUCCUGUCAUUGCGACCUCGGAGGCUCUACCUCAGGAGCCGAAGUCCGAAUCCGAAACAAUGAGCUGUACUGCAACGACUGCUAUCUCAGAUUCAAAACUGGCCGGCCAACCGCCAUGUGAUGUAAGCGCCCCUACGAAGGCACUGUUGCAGAUAGAAGAAGAGGUGGUUGCUGCUGAUAGAGAUCUAUAAAUAUAUGUUGUAUGUCUUUUUGGCUUUUUUUUUAAGAAUUAACCUCUUUCAUGGGGAGGGGGGGAAUCUUUAGAUUACACCAGAGCAUUAGAGUGUUGGUAAAAUCUGUGUUUUUGUUGUUUAUUUAUAAGAAAGUAAUUAUGGGGGGGAGGGGAAGGUGCAGUAUUUACUUUUCAGCUUCAUCAUAAAAGCACAAGAGAAAAAGGAGUUUCAAACACUUGUGGCUAAUGAGUCUGACUUUUAUAGUGGUGUUUUGAUGAGGGAUAUUUUAUUAUUGUUUUGGAAAGAAAAAGGUUCUGAAGCAUUAUUUGAAAUAGUUAAUAUAAAUAUGUAAUUGCAUUUGCUCUGUUUAUUAUAAUGUAUACUAAAUUAAUGCAGAACCAUAUGGAAAAUUUCACCAAAAUCUACCCCUAAGUUCAUUUUCUGUAUUCUAUGUAAUAUUAUGACUUUCUAACACAGAACCUUACCUUCUAUACUAUUUUAUUUGCUUGAUGAGAAGAUCCCUGUAUUAUCCACCAGCAUUGUUGCUGAGCAAUUCCCAGUACAAAAGUGCUACUUUCUCUUAAUGCAAAAAUCAACAUGGUCUGUGUACUAGAGCUUUUCUCUAGGAAACUUUCUCUUCAGCUGAAUAUGUAAAUAAACUUGGUGAUGCAUUA